AUGAAGGUCUGCCAUGGUAUUGUCGUGUCGUUGGUAGCUUCUGCUACUCUAACUUUGUCGACAGGCUAUACCGCUACCGUGACGGAUUUACCAGUGCUGUCACAGGCGGCUGCCGCAACGGCCGUUGUGUCCAAGGAUCAAACGUGUUCCAGUUUGGAAAACAGAGUCACUCUGACGAUAGAGGCUGACCGAACAGAUGCAACUUUCAAAUGCGGUGAUUCAUUUCCUGCAUUAAAGCCGAAAGACUGCGGCAAGCAUGAUGACUGCGUGAAGUCGAAGCAGAAAGUCACGGAUGACCAAGAGAAGAAAAAGAUUUGCAAAGAUGAGUACUGCAUCCACGUGGUGCAGUUAAGAGAAGUCUUCCCACGGGCAACCCGAACCGAUAAGCCAGAUACACACACCCAUACACUGAGUAUUCCAAUAGACAAAAGGGCACCCACCAUCGUGUGGUAUCAUUGUGAAGACACGGACAAACAGCAGUCGUGUAAAGUACAAAUUCGUGUCAAAGCGCCUGCUUCCGCUCCUCCGCCUCCCCCUUCAAACAAUGCGAACACAUGCGAGAAAGACGGGCACGUUUCGAAGCUGACCGCUUUACACGAGUAUCCUAUCAAAUUCAUUUGCGGUCCGGGACGAGUCCUUCAACCACUCCAAACAACACACGUUUAA